AUGGAUAGCCGGGUCUCGGGCACAGCCAGUAAUGGAGAGACAAAACCCGUGUACCCUGUCGUGGAGAAGGCAGAGGAAGAUGGCACCCUGGAACGCGGGCACUGGAACAACAAGAUGGAGUUUGUGCUGUCCGUGGCGGGGGAGAUCAUUGGCCUAGGCAAUGUCUGGAGGUUUCCCUAUCUCUGCUACAAAAAUGGGGGAGGUGCUUUUUUCAUCCCCUACCUCAUCUUCCUUUUCACCUGUGGCAUUCCUAUCUUCCUUUUGGAGACAGCGCUGGGCCAGUACACUAGCCAAGGAGGCAUCACAGCUUGGAGGAAGAUCUGCCCCAUCUUUGAGGGCAUCGGCUAUGCCUCCCAGAUGAUCCUCGUCCUCCUCAAUGCCUACUACAUCAUUGUCCUGGCCUGGGCCCUCUUCUACCUCUUUAGCAGCUUCACCAUCGACCUUCCCUGGGGAAGCUGCCGCCAUGAGUGGAAUACAGAACACUGUGUGGAGUUCCAGAGGACCAAUGGCUCCCUGAAUGUGACCUCUGAGAAUGCCACCUCUCCUGUCAUCGAGUUCUGGGAGAGGCGGGUCCUGAAGAUCUCUGAUGGCAUCCAGCACCUGGGGGCCCUGCGCUGGGAACUAGCCAUAUGCCUCUUGCUUGCCUGGGUCAUCUGCUACUUCUGCAUCUGGAAGGGGGUCAAGUCCACGGGCAAGGUGGUGUACUUCACAGCCACAUUUCCUUACCUCAUGCUGGUGGUCCUGUUAAUCCGAGGGGUGACACUGCCUGGGGCAGCCCAAGUUCAGUUUUACCUGUAUCCAAACCUCACACGUCUGUGGGAUCCCCAGGUGUGGAUGGACGCGGGCACCCAGAUCUUCUUCUCCUUCGCCAUCUGUGUAGGGUGCCUGACAGCCCUGAGCAGCUACAACAAGUACCACAACAACUGCUACAGGAUGGUGGUGGUGAUAGUAACUUUGGGGUGAAGUUUCCUCUGGCUCCAGAUAUUCCAUGGUGCCACACUGAAGCUGGCCCAGGCACUGGGUUCUGUUCCUCUGCUUCCUGCUGCAGGCCCUGGCCUGGCUUUCAUCGCCUACCCCCGGGCUGUGGUGAUGCUGCCUUUUUCUCCUCUCUGGGCCUGCUGCUUCUUCUUCAUGAUCAUCCUCCUGGGACUGGAUAGCCAGUUUGUGUGCGUAGAGAGCCUGGUGACGGCGCUGGUGGACUUGUACCCCCGUGUGUUCCGCAAGAAGAACCGGAGGGAGGUCCUCAUCCUUGGAGUGUCUGUCAUCUCCUUCCUUGUUGGGCUGGUUAUGGUCACAGAGGGCGGUAUGUACGUGUUUCAGCUCUUUGACAACUACGCAGCCAGUGGCAUGUGCCUCCUGUUCGUGGCCAUCUUUGAGUCCCUCUGUGUGGCUUGGGUCUAUGGAGCUGGGCGCUUCUAUGACAACAUUGAAGAUAUGAUUGGGUACAGGCCUUGGCCUCUUAUCAAAUAUUGUUGGCUCUUCCUCACACCAGCUGUGUGCACAGCCACCUUCCUCUUCUCCUUGAUCAAGUACACCCCGCUGACCUACAACAAGAAGUACACGUACCCCUGGUGGGGGGAUGCCCUGGGCUGGCUCCUGGCUCUGUCCUCCAUGGUCUGUAUUCCUGCCUGGAGCUUCUACAAACUCAGCACCCUCAAGGGCUCCUUCAGAGAGAGAAUUCACCAGCUCGUGUGCCCAGCUGAGGAACUGACCCAGCGGAACCAAGCAGGACCCUCUACCCCUGCCACACCCAGGACAUCACUUCUCAGACUCACAGAACUAGAGUCCCACUGCUAG